AGUGGUGUCACGGUGUUCAAAGUUUCGUUUUCUGAUUAAAAACUAAGAACCAUUUCUUCUACUUUUCGUCAACCAGAAAAAAAAAAGAAAAAGAAAAAGAAAAAAGAAAAAAGAAAAAAACUAUUUUUAUAUAAAAGAAAUGGGAAUGACUAAGUGCAUUUAAGGAUCUGUCUCCAGAAUUCCAGUGAAGUUGAGCUCCAAUCCUUUUUUAAGGUUCCCAUAAGUUUUGAAGUAAAUGGAAUCUAGGGUGUCACUUGGCUCCAUGUUAUCUUCCUUUUUGUGAGAUUUUAUUGUAAAGAUGCGCAUGGUUUUCAAUGAGUUUGGUGGGGGGAUUUUAUAGAGGUAUGGAAACCAUGUGAGGUGAAUGUGACAUGCUUUUUAUCUCCUCUAUUUGCGGCUAAUUCUCUUCUCUUGAAAGAAACUCAGGCUGGAGAUUGAGGCUUAAUUGUCAUGGAUCUUGAGUUUGGGAAGUCUUUGGAUACUUCAAAGAAGAAUUCUUGGAGGACCUCAUUGCUAUUAGCGUACCAAAGUCUUGGUGUAGUUUAUGGGGACCUGAGUACUUCUCCUCUUUAUGUCUACAAAAGUACAUUUGCUGAAGACAUUCAACAUUCAGAGACAAAUGAAGAGAUUUUUGGUGUUCUAUCCUUUGUCUUCUGGACCCUUACUUUAGUCCCCUUAUUCAAGUAUGUGUUUGUGGUUCUUCGAGCAGAUGACAACGGAGAGGGAGGUACUUUUGCAUUAUAUUCUCUGAUAUGCCGACAUGCAAGAGUUAGUCUUCUGCCCAACAGACAGGUCGCCGAUGAAGCACUCUCUACGUAUAAACUUGAGCACCAUCCCGAGAAAAAGAGUAGUUCAGGAGUAAAACUGUACCUUGAGAAGCAUAAGGUCUUGCACACUGCUUUGUUAAUCUUGGUUCUUCUUGGUACUUGUAUGGUAAUUGGAGAUGGAGUUCUCACUCCAGCAAUUUCUGUUUUCUCUGCUGUGUCUGGCCUUGAGUUGUCCAUGUCCAAGGAACAUCACCAGUAUGCAGUUAUUCCAAUCACUUGCUUCAUUUUGGUGUGUCUUUUUGCUCUUCAACACUAUGGCACGCAUAGAGUCGGAUUUUUCUUUGCUCCGAUUGUGUUAACAUGGCUACUAUGCAUAAGUUCCCUUGGGAUAUAUAAUAUAAUCUACUGGAACCCGCAUGUCUAUCAAGCUCUUUCUCCAUAUUACAUGUUCAAGUUCUUGAAGAAGACAAGGAAAGGUGGAUGGAUGUCCUUGGGAGGCAUACUGCUCUGCAUAACAGGGUCUGAGGCGAUGUUUGCUGAUCUUGGUCACUUCUCUUAUUCUGCAAUUCGGACUGCUUUUACCUUUCUGGUUUAUCCGGCUCUUAUAUUGGCAUACAUGGGCCAAGCUGCUUACUUGUCUCAACAUCAUCAUACGAGUUACCAAAUCAGUUUCUAUGUCUCAGUUCCAGAAAGUGUGAGAUGGCCUGUGCUCAUAAUAGCAAUUCUUGCUUCUGUCGUGGGAAGCCAAGCAAUCAUUAGUGGAACAUUCUCAAUAAUCAAUCAGAGCCAGUCACUUAGUUGUUUCCCUAGAGUGAAGGUCAUUCACACCUCUGACAAGAUACAUGGCCAGAUUUAUAUCCCUGAAAUCAAUUGGGUGCUCAUGAUCCUCUGCAUUGCUGUGACUAUUGGCUUUAGAGACACAAAACACAUGGGGAAUGCAUCAGGAUUGGCGGUGAUGACUGUGAUGUUGGUGACGACAUGUCUCACAUCCCUGGUUAUUAUCCUCUGUUGGCACAAACCCCCUAUUGUGGCUCUUUUCUUUCUUCUUUUCUUUGGUUCUAUUGAGUUGCUUUACUUCUCAGCUUCACUCACCAAGUUCACUGAAGGGGCUUGGCUCCCUAUUCUCUUGGCCCUUUUCCUUAUGACAAUCAUGUUUGUUUGGCAUUAUGCAACCAUCAAGAAAUAUGAAUUUGAUCUCCACAAUAAGGUAUCACUAGAAUGGCUAUUAGCAUUGGGUCCAAGCUUAGGAAUUGCUCGAGUACCGGGUAUUGGUUUAGUUUUUACCGAUCUCACUUCUGGAAUCCCUGCCAACUUCUCUCGUUUUGUCACUAACCUUCCUGCCUUCCAUCGUGUCCUUGUCUUCGUGUGUGUAAAAUCAGUACCUGUUCCUUUUGUGCCCCCAGCUGAGCGCUAUCUUGUGGGCCGUGUGGGUCCGGCUGCUCAUCGGUCUUAUAGGUGCAUUGUUCGUUAUGGGUACCGAGAUGUGCAUCAGGAUGUUGAUUCUUUUGAAUCGGAGCUAGUUUCCAAACUGGCUGAUUUCAUUCACUAUGAUUGGCAUCGAAGCCAGCACAGUUCCCAUUCUGAGGAGGAUGUUUCCCACUCUAACGAAUCAACAAGUGAAUGUAGAUUAGCCGUGAUAGGGACAGUUGCAUUUUCUGGCACACCAGCUUAUGAGAUUGAGGAAAGUGUGCAACCAGCAAGCGUAUCUAUUGGAUUCUCGACAGUAGAGAGUGUCACAGAUGUCAUUGAAAUGGAGCCUGUGCAUGCCGUUGAAAGAAGAGUUAGAUUUGCCAUCGAUGAUUACUCCGAAUCUGAUGUGAGGACCAACAUGGAGUUGCAGUUGCGAGAGGAGCUACAAGAUCUGUUAGCAGCCCAAGAAGCCGGGACUGCAUUCAUACUAGGGCACUCACAUGUUCGAGCAAAGCAAGGAUCAUCUGUUUUUAAGAGAUUGGCCAUUAACUUUGGGUACAAUUUCUUGAGAAGGAAUUGCCGAGGACCAGAUGUGGCACUUAAGGUGCCACCAGUAUCUUUGCUAGAGGUUGGCAUGGUUUAUGUGGUGUAAGCCUCUGAUGUAAGUAGUUUUGGUAGUUUUGCGCGUUGCAUAUGGCCGACCUGUAAAGAAAUAUAUAUAACUGGUCCAAGAGAGAUUCACCUGCUUUCGUCACGGUCCGCACACGGCUAAAGUUCCUACAUCCGAUGUAAUAGAGAAAUGAAAUUAGUUUUAUCACGAAAUUCUCAAAUUGCACGUCGGACUCUUUUAACAAGAUGCAAUUAUUCCUUACCA